ACUUGGGGUCGAAACGACCUCAACCUAUUCUCAAACUUUCAAUGGGUAUGUUGUCUCGGUUUCUUUGUUGAACUGUUGACACGAACGCGAGCUCCAAGAGUGUGUAACAACUCACCUGCCGAAUCAACUAGCCCUGAAAAUGGAUGGCGCUUGAGCGAGAGACCUAUACCCAGCCGUUGCUGGCUUCGCCUGGCCGCAACGAGUAGGAGGGUCGUGGCGGUUGCGUCGAAGGCUUUGGGCGUAGGCCCAGCUGGAGCUUCCGUCAGUGCAGAUCUCGGUGGUAGUAGCAAAUAUUUAAGUUCGAUCCUUGAAGACUGA